GUGUGGCUAGCUCGGCCUCCCGGAAGUUGAUGAAUAGUUGAGGCAUAAACAAACCUGGGCUCUGUCCCCGCGGUGUUUAGGCUGGCUGUGAUGCUCCGUGAGGCUUUCCCCUUCGUGGAGGACAGCUUCAGCCGCUUCCCGUCCCAGAGCAACAUUUACGGGCUGUGUCAGGCCGGGGAGCAGGAGCUGCUGGCGGCCACUCUGAAAGGGAAGGUGGUGUGUUUCAGGUACCAGGAGCUGCAGCAUAAAGUCCGGCCGGUGGCCAAGGAGGUCCAGUUCACCUACAUACCAGUUGAUGCAGAGAUCGUAUCGAUUGAUGCCUUCAACAAGUCUUCCCCCAAAAGAGGUCUGGUGGUGGGGAUCACCUUCAUCAAGGACUCUGGGGACAAAGCUACUCCUUUCCUGAACAUCUACUGCGACUAUGAGCCCGGCUCAGAGUUCAACCUGGAGUCCAUUGCACAGAGCUGUCUGAACCUGGAGCUGCAGUUCACGCCCUUCCAGCUCUACCACACUGAGGUGCCAUGUCCCGAUGGAGGACUGGAGACGGUUUUCCUGCUCAGUGGUCAUGACCAGAGGAUCCACCUGUACAAGGAGAAUGCCUCUCUGCACCAGUUUGAGGAACAACCUGUAGAGAAACUCUUCCCUGAACUCCAGCAGCUGCCUAGCAACGUGUUGUGGUUGGACAUGACGAGUGUCCCUGGUGGACGUCGGCUCUCAGCAUAUGGUUGUCAGAACGGCUGUGUUGGGCUGGCUUUGGUCAACCAGAGCGGACCAGAGGUUCUGCAGAACUGGCAGGUUCAGUUCGACAGUCCGAUUUCCACUGUGCUUCUGUUCCCACUCAGCUGCCGAGCCAGGCCCAGCGAGCCCAGCGCAGGCAGCGGUGAUGACACCCACAGCUUCAACCUGCUGAUAACCAGCACCAUAGAGAUGGCGGUGGUCUACAGAGACAUCCAGGAGUUUGGCUUGGCCCGGUCCACCUGUCUGUCAGGGAGCGAUCAGUGGGAUGCGGUCCUCUGUGCGCUGGUCAUUGACCUGGACUUCGAUGGGCAGAAGGAGGUUCUGUUGGGAACGUACGGUCAGGUCAGAACCACUCAUUACAUAAACAGCUAAUCAGCCUCAUGUGUU